AUGAAGGACAUUUACGAAGGUCGAGCAGAAUGGUCAAAACUUUUCGAGGAAGUAAAUUUCUUCACAAGAUAUAAGCACUUCAUUUGUGAGUUGUUUAGCGAAUUUAUAUUUGGUACUCUGACUUGUGCAGCAAGAACAGAAGAGGAUCACUUGAUCUUUUGCGGUUUCGUGGAAUCAAAAAUCCGACAUUUAAUUGGUGCCCUUGAAAGGAAUCAAGGCAUUUCAUUAGCUCAUAUUAAUCCUCGGCAGUACAAGCCACUACCUACUGCUGUUCCUUCAAUUCGGAACCCAGUUUGCACAUUGUGGUUCAUCGGCUUGGAAUUUGAUCGUGCAAUGGCGAAAGCGUUCGAUUUGACAGUGGAAAUCAGCCAGUUCCAUCACAUAAUUGUAACGACUGGCAUUAAAAUGAAGAAUUACAAUGAUGGAAUGAAGGUGAUGGAUCGAAUAAGUGAUGUCGAUGUUAAAGCUGGUGAAGACAAUAAGAUAGGAGAUGUACAGCAUAGGCCCGUUUUCGGAGUUGGAGGUGAAGAAGUGAAAAAAUACACAGGAAAAUACACUGUUCUCAUGGGUUUCUUCAGACUGGGAGACGAUAAGAAUGUUUUGGAAGUUAGUCCGCUGACAAGGAAGAGGUCAACUGAUGCUGAUAUAACUUGCGAUAUACCCAGCAAAAAACUUCUUCUGAAAUCUGAUAAUGGUCUUCCUGUUAUUGCAAGUGAUAGU